GUGUGGCUAAUCUCAACCCUUCGCGCAUUCUACAGGCUGGGCGUGGUCAGGCUCAUCUUUCUGCGCAUUUUACUCUCUGGGUGUGGCAGGUGACGUGAGGAGCUACUUAGUAGUUGGAUCAGAGCGGAUCUCAUUGCGAAUAGUGAAGGAGAGUCAUGGAGAGUAACGCGGCUGGAAACCCGCGGAGCAGACAAGCUGAAGGAGACAGAGCAUCUACGUCUCAUGAUGCCCUCAGCAGAGAUACUGCUAGUACGGACACUAAUACAAAUCCACCAGCAGAGGGCUCCAAACCUGCUGAAAAAAAGCCACAUAAUCUACCCACCAGGUCCUCCUCGUCUAGUUCUUCUCACCAGAAGCCUUCUCACUCACUUGUGCAAUCCACCCAUUCCACUGGGGCUGUGGAUGUUCAUCCAUCUGUGUUUGGGCGAACUGGAUCUUCCAUUUCUGCAAUGACUGUUCCAAUCCGCUUGGAUGCCUUGUCAUAUCUACUCAACAAUGCAAUAAUUGGGGCCUACAGGAUGCUUCCCCAGAAUCCUUACUAUGGUGGGUCAUGUCUCCCAUCUACUUGUCCUUAUCAGACAGGAUAUAGUCCCUGUAUGAACCAGAGUCGUUGCUUUACUUCUUGUUCAAAUCUGUCUGGCAGCUGCCAGCCUGGAUAUAUGCCAUGUCUUAACCAAGAGGGUAACCAACCGUAUCCUCCUUACCCUUCAUGUUUCAUGCAGGCCUCAAGUAGUGGAAAAGUUGGCCUAAACAAUAGCUCGUUUGUCAACUGCUCUGCUCAAAGUGGAAUUACAUGGAAUCCUAAUGGCACUUCUUCAGGACAAAGCAACAAUAGCCACCAGCAGCCUGAGGUUCAUAACAUUGGCAAGUCUAAUGACAGGUUCUUCAAUCUUGCAAAUUACUCAGGACAAAGCAACAUCAAUGCAAACAGGUCUGAGGGCAACAGCUGGAACAAAAGGCCAAGUGAUAGGUUUUCAGAUUCUGCAAAUGACACACCAGAGGGAGAAAGGCAAACGUUCCCACCACAAAAAAGUUUUGGAAGGUUUGGAGAUAAACAGGAGGGAGAUGGCUGGCCUGGAAGGCAACAGCGAGAAUUCGGCAGGGGAGGUGGAAGGGGUAGAGAUGACUUUGGAAUGCGUUCCUGGCAGAAUACCUCAAGAAACCAGGACAGAGAAUCAAGGUUUGGAGACAGAAAGGACUUUACUCACAGAAGGGAUCAAGACAGCCCAGAAAGAUUCCAAGGCAGAGGACAAAAUUUCAAAAGGGGUCGCUGGUCGAACAGUAGAGAGACAGGAGGAGAAACCCGAGCUUCUUGGCAACAAAGAACCGAGAACAGAGUUAAUGACACCUCCCCAUGGUCUGACAUAGCAACCAAGGAAAAACAGUCUAGUUUAUUUGGAGAAACAAAACAAACUGAUAAAGAUGAAGAUUGGGAGACAGAGUAUCCUGAGGAAAAGCCUCAUUCCAAGUCGUCAGACCAGAACUCUGCAAAUGUGGACACAGUUAUGGAGCAUUCGGUGACAGAAGAGUGGGAGAUAAAACAUGAAUCCCCUGAAGCAACUGAGUCAUCAGAAAAUGUAACGUCAGUGUCGGCCAGUUUGACAAAUGAAGAAGAACCCAGUUCCUCCAAGGAAAUGGAGGAGGAGAAUGGUGGGACAACCAUCAAGAUCAUGAGAGGUUCCAGUAAGGUUGAAGAAGAUGCUGAUGCCAAAUCCGAGCAGAUAGAGGUUGAAAUUGCUACUGGCCAAGAUCAUUUACCAUCUGAUUCUCUGUCUUCUACCAGUGUUCAUCCGGAGGAAAAGAAACCGUUCGUCCUUGAGACUCCUGGAUCAAACCCAGGGGCAUCAGGAACUGAUAUUUACACGUUGCUUGUUUCUGUGCCGGAUGAGGAUAACAAAGAGAUCGUGUUGGAGUUCAUAGAUGCCACAAAUGGUUAACUGGAGGAUCAUGGGAAAUAUGCUUUUGGCAGUGAUCUCAUUGAGGUUGUUUCAAGUAAAAUAUGCAAAGUUUAACCCCUGCUUUCUUAUUCCCGAAUGCAAUGAUUCAGAGGGCAGGUCCCCCCCUAAACAUUGCAUUCACUCCAUAAAAAUGCAGGGAUUUACCCAGUUUGCUGGUAUAUGUUUUCUGACGAUUAAAGGAUAAGUAAACCAUUAAAAUACGUCAAUGUAAAACUGACGAGGGUGCUAUU